UCAUCACUCAUGGACGGGCUGCGCGUUUUUCUGGUCGUUCUGUUUGGAGCUGUUUCUUUCAGUCAGGAUCAGAUUCCCAAACCAGUGUCGGAGGUGACAGUCAGACCAGGAGGAAACAUCACUCUGUACUGUGACUGCAAAAAGUCAACUGGAGUAUACAUAGUGUGGUUCAGGAACUGUUCUCAUGAGAACCAGCCCACUCUUGUUCUUAAAACAGUAGGUGAUUCGGGGGAUGGCAUCAGAAACCCAAAUGAUCCUCUGAGGCUUUUCCCUCGUUUUGAAUUUUUGAAUAUCCAUUCUUCUGACUCCUACGACCUGCUGAUCAGGAACAUCACUGAUUCUGAUGAGGGGCUCUACUACUGUGGAACUCGACAGAUGAAGGUGGAGGAUGAAGAAUUAAUCACUUCCAAAUACAUUUACAACUAUGGCAAUGUAACAACAAGGAUCGUAUGUGACAACACCAGUGAACCUCAACAUCAUGAGACUCAUCAGGACUGUCAUUUGUGUUGGAUGCUGCUAUUCACUCUGUGUCCGGCCUUUGCUGUUCUCUCCUCUCUCCUGUCUUCGCUUGUGGUUCAUCAACUCUGUCAGAAAAAAGCUAGAGAAUCUCAGGUUGAUCAGAUAAGACCUGACACUGGAGGCCAAACACGACUGAAUCAGGAUGAAGAUAUGUGUUACGCUGCGCUGGAAAUCCUUCAGGCUUCACAAAGACCAAAGACGAAGAGAAUGCAGAGUUCGGACUUCAGCACCUAUUCUGCGAUCAAUACUUCUAGGGUGUAGAGGACCUAAAAAUGUAAUCCAAUAAAUUGUAUGAUGAUAUUGAGUUAUAUAAAUAAUUUUGUAGGGACACAUGUACACCAUUCCGUCAUUUAGCUUUCCCUUUUAAAGCUGAGCAACAAUCAUCAUCAUCAUCAUCAUAUGAUGAAAUACAGGUUGUUUUUUUUUUAAGUGAAAAUUAAGAAUCAAAGAGAUUAUAUGAAACUUUUGUCUUUUUCCAUAUAAAACUGUUUUUCAUUGUGUCGGGUUGUUUUGGACUUAGUGGCAAUAAGUGUAUACUAAUGUAGUGUAUUUUAAUUCAGCCAUUCUGAAAAGAAUAGAUGCAUCCUGUGUAUUUUAUUUCCUUACACCACUUAAAUAACAGAUUAAAAAUUGAUAAGCUGAAGAAAUAAAUAAAUAAAAAACC